AUGGCGGCAGCAUCUGUAGGAAUUCCUAUUUUAAGACAGUUUGAUAUCUACAUGCCAUUUGAAUUUAUUGAGAAAUGUGUCCAGCUCAGUUGCGUUGGCCAUGGAAUUUGUUGGUCCGGAUCUGUCCGCGAUAUGACAGCUGGACAGCUGUUUCAGAAUCACAAAAAUUCAAAAAUGGAAAAUUCAGGCUUUGAACAAUGGAGGUUGGACAACUCUUCAGAGAAUGUACAGCUAGCUCAUGUACAGACAUGCAUAAAUCCUGAAAAUAUGUUGCUAAUAUCUUUCUCAAAAGUUCAGUUGCAAGUGCUUGAAGGCCGCUGUGGCUUCUGGUUGUCCAAUGUGCAGAAGGAUGAGUCAUCAUGUGCAAUGUCAGUUUACCCCAUCAAUGAAUGUUCAGGUGUACCCGAUACAGAUAGUUAUGGAGUGUCAACUGCUGCGACAUCCCUUUUGCUUGAAGUUGCUAAGGAUGGAAGCACAGUUCACUACUUCAUUCAACAUGACAAUACAAAUGAUAAAGGAAACCAAAUGGAUAAUAACCAACAAGUCAUUGAGGAUAUAGCUAGUUUACUGCUUGUGGCUGAAGAAGCUUCAAGCAAAGAGUCUUUGCCUAUGACCAGUGAACAAGCACAAGCAGUCAAUGAAAUGCAAUCAAAAAAUGCUGUUGUUCAUUUUAUUCCUGCUAAUGUUGAAGAUGUGAAUAGUUCAACUGUUGAAGUUGACACGUGA